AUGGGUUUUCGUUACCUGUAUGUUUUGUUGCUCUGCUUAUUUAGUGAAGGUCUUUUGAGAGGCGUUCAUGGUGGCUUUGCAUGCAACUGGGGAACCCAGGCGACACACCCAUUGCCACCUACUAUAGUUGUGAAGCUUUUGAAGGACAAUGGGUUCAGCAAAGUGAAGCUAUUUGAAGCUGAUCCUGGGGCGCUUGAAGCUCUAGGAAAUUCCGGUAUCCAGGUUAUGCUGGGAAUACCGAAUGAGUUCCUGGCAGCACUCGCAAGUACUGUUACAAUUGCUGAGACGUGGGUGUAUCAGAAUGUCUCGAACUACAUAUCCAAAUACGGAGUUGAUAUAAGGUAUAUUGCUGUAGGAAAUGAACCAUUCCUCAAAACCUACAAAGACACAUUCCUCAAAACAACAUUUCCAGCACUCCAAAACAUUCAAGCAGCCCUCAUAAAGGCCGGGCUAGGGAGACAAGUGAAGGUCACCGUUCCACUCAAUGCGGACGUCUACCAGACCGACACCGGUCUUCCCUCUGGUGGCGACUUCCGGUCCGACAUCCACAGCCUCGUGCUCUCCAUCAUUAAGUUCCUAAGUGACAAUGGGGGUGCUCUCACUAUCAAUAUCUACCCAUUCCUUAGUCUCCAAGCUGACCCUGACUUCCCUAAAGAAUAUGCCUUUUUUGACAACGGUGCAAAACCUGUUGUGGAUGGCUCCAUUUCCUACACCAAUGUUCUUGACGCCAAUUUUGAUACUUGCAUUGCUGCCCUGGAAAAGAAUGGCUUCCCCUCUUUGCCUGUUAUUGUCGGAGAAAUAGGGUGGCCGACUGAUGGUGACCCCAAUGCUAACGUAGAAGACGCAAGAAGGUUCAAUCAAGGCCUUUUGGGUCGUAUAGUUGCAGGGCAAGGCACCCCAAAGAGGUCAACCCCGCCUGACAUAUACAUAUUCGGACUCAUUGAUGAAGAUGCCAAGAGCGUCCAACCUGGAAAUUUUGAGCGGCAUUGGGGCGUCUUCAACUAUGAUGGAUCACUUAAAUACUUCUUGGAUAUAGGCAAUGGAAAAGCUAUGGUCGCGGCUAAAGGAGUGCAAUACUUGGCAAGACAAUGGUGCAUAAUGUCACCUACAGCAAGCACUUCCGACCCCAAUUUGGCCGGCAGCAUCAACUAUGCUUGCUCUUAUGCCGAUUGCACUAGUCUUGGAUAUGGUUCUUCUUGCGGAAUGCUUGACGCAAGGAGCAAUGCUUCUUAUGCUUUCAAUAUGUACUACCAAACCAAGGACCAACGCAAAGAUGCGUGCCAAUUCUCGAAUCUUUCGAUCACCACAAAUGUCGAUCCAUCUCCAACGUCGAGUGGCCAGAACACGACUUGUCGAUUUGAGAUCAUGAUCGAUCUGUCCAAGCACCAGAAAGCUCCUAGACGGCCUCCUUCUUCAGUGGCUGCAGGACUUAGUGAGCAUAGCUCCCAAACAGUUGUGAUGGCAUUACUUGUCCUUGUAUUAUUGUCCACAUUGAUCAUCUAA